CUAAUGGCGCCAGUAGUACUAAAACUAAAUUAGUAUAAUUCACUCGUGAACAAUCGACGUUACUAUCGAUUUUCGAUUAGUCGAGAAUCGACCAAUUUUCCGCGUCAGUAUUUAUAUUGUCAAUAUCAUUCAAAAUUGGUGAAAUACCAUGUGGUGGAAACUUCAUAACCUAAAUUGUCUGUAACUUGUUCACCGGGGGAACAUUGUUUUGAAAAUGCAAGACGUCAUUAAUGUGACUUAUAUAGAUUAAGUACCUUAUACAAAUAACAUUUUAUUUUGUUUAGCAAAAGUAUAUUACAGAUAUCUAAAAAAGUGAAACGUUCAUAAAAAUGGCACAGAAUAAAUAUCGUGCACCACGUUUAACUCCAAAGCAUUUAGAUCCAAAAUGUUUAAUGUUUUCUAUGUUCACUGCAAAUGAUAUAAGGAAUUUAAGUGUUACUAAAAUAAGGACACCUUUAUCAUUUAAUAUAUUAGGACAUCCACUGAAAGGAGGAUUAUAUGAUCCAGCACUAGGUCCCCUUAUAGAAAGUUCAGAUCCAUGUGGAACAUGUGGAUGCAAUGUAUACAAAUGUCCAGGUCACUUUGGACAUAUAGAAUUACCUAUGCCAGUUGUGAAUCCUUUGUUUCAUAAAGGAUUGUACACAUUGCUUAAACUAACAUGCUUAAGCUGUUAUCUUAUGCACAUUCCAGCUUACGUAAAGCUAUUGUUAGGUGCAAAACUGAGAUUACUUCAGCAAGGAUUUCUUAGUGAUGUAGAUGGUUUGGAGCAAGAAGUAAUGGUUGUUGUUUCCAAUUCGAGCAGUCCUUAUGAAGUUGAUCUGCAAUCUGUUCAAAAUAUUAUUGAUAAUUAUACAGAGAAUCUUAUUAAUCAAUUAAGAUUCAAUCAGUCAAUUAUACCAUACAAUGAAAUUCAAUUAAAUACAAAAAAUAUCAAUAUGCAGUGGCACACAUACGUAGAAAAGAUUCUCAAGCAAUAUGUACCACCAAAAAUUUGUGUAAAUUGUCAUCAACCUAUACCAAAAAUCACAACAUUAAAGAAUAAAAUUAUGACAACUAAAGUGCCUAAUACAGUCCCUGAAAAGGUACAUUCACGUGGAGUUGUUCAUAAAUUAGAAACAGUUAUGAUAAUGCCAGAUCAGUCUAAGGAUUUUCUCAGAAAACUCUGGGAAAAUGAGAAAGAUUUUCUCAAAGUAAUUAUUCCUUGUUUUGGAACAGUAGACAUUGAAUUUCCAACCGACAUAUUUUUCUUUGAAGUAAUACCAGUUCUACCACCAAUAGUUAGGCCAGUUAAUUUUGUUAAUGGCCAAAUGAUCGAGCACCCGCAAUCGCAAGUGUACAAAAGUAUUAUUCAAGACUGUCUUGUUCUUAGAAAUAUUAUUCAGACAAUUCAAGAUGGAGAUACAAAUCAAUUACCAGAAGAGGGUAAGCUUGUUUUUGAGCAAAUAAAAGGUAAUACAGCAAUUGAAAAGUUGCACAAUGCUUGGCAAAGUUUACAAGUAAAUGUAGAUCACUUAAUGGAUCGCGAUUUGAAUAAAACAGCGGACUCUGCAAAUUGCCAAGGAUUAAAACAAGUUAUAGAAAAAAAGGAAGGAGUGAUUAGAAUGCAUAUGAUGGGUAAAAGAGUCAAUUUUGCAGCUCGUUCGGUUAUUACACCUGACCCUAACUUGAACAUAGAUGAAAUUGGCAUUCCUGAAACCUUUGCUCUAAAAUUAACAUAUCCAGUACCUGUUACACCUUGGAAUGUUGUACACUUAAGACAGUUAGUUUUGAAUGGUCCUGAUGUCCACCCUGGCGCGGUAAUGGUUGAGAAUGAAGAUGGAAGCAUACAACGUAUUUCUACUAGCGAUACUGUACAAAGGGAAGCUAUUGCAAAACGUCUUUUAACGACAAGUGAUAAAGCAAACAAGUUUUUUAAGGGUAUUAAAAUUAUACACAGGCAUUUACAAAAUGGGGAUGUUUUAUUACUGAAUCGUCAACCGACAUUACACAAGCCUAGUAUAAUGGCCCAUAAAGCACGUAUUUUAAAAGGAGAAAAAACACUACGUCUUCAUUAUGCUAACUGCAAAGCUUACAAUGCAGAUUUUGAUGGUGAUGAAAUGAAUGCACAUUUUCCUCAAAAUGAACUAGCUAGAAGUGAAGGAUACAAUAUAGCAAAUGUAUCCAAUCAGUAUCUUGUGCCUAAAGAUGGUACACCAUUAAGUGGUCUUAUUCAAGAUCAUGUGAUUUCUGGUGUUCGUUUAACAGUAAGGGGAAUGUUUUUUUCUCGCGAAGAUUAUAUGCAAUUAGUCUAUGCUGCUUUAUCUACGAUGCAGGAAAAUAUAAUACUCCUUCCUCCUUCCAUUAUAAAACCGAUACCUUUGUGGUCUGGCAAACAGAUCAUAUCCACUAUUAUCAUUAAUAUUAUUCCAUUAAAUAGAGCUCGUAUAAAUUUAACAUCAAAGGCAAAGAUCAGUGUAAAAGAAUGGCAAGUUAAGAAAGCGCGGCGUUGGAAAUGCGGUACUGAAUUCUCAGAUCCUGCAAUGAUGUCAGAAGCUGAAGUUAUUAUACGAAAUGGAGAAUUACUGUGUGGUGUACUUGAUAAAACACAUUAUGGUGCGACUCCGUUUGGUCUUAUACAUUGUGUCUUUGAACUGUAUGGUGGAUCAUCCUCUACAAAAUUAUUAAGUGCCUUUGGUAAACUGUUUCAAUCUGGGUUGCAAAGAAACGGAUUUACACUUGGCAUUGAAGAUAUCUUAUUGUUAAGAGAAGCAGACACUAAACGUAAAGAAAUUAUUUCCAACUGUAGAAAGAUUGGAGGAGAUAUUCACAGAUCGAUACUAGAAUUACCCGAUGAUACACCAAUGGAAGUAGUUACAGCUAAAAUGGAAGAAUCUUUUUGGCAUAAUCCUAAGUUUCGUGCACAAGUCGAUCGAAAGUAUAAAAGUGCAUUAGAUGUUUACACUAAUGAUAUAAAUAAAACAUGUUUACCAGCUGGCCUUUUAAAAAAAUUUCCAGGUAAUAAUUUACAAUUAAUGGUUCAAUCGGGUGCAAAGGGUUCUACUGUAAAUACUAUGCAAAUAUCAUGUUUGCUUGGUCAAAUUGAGUUGGAAGGAAAAAGGCCUCCUUUAAUGAUCAGUGGAAAAAGUCUUCCAAGUUUUCCUGCAUAUGAUCCAACACCAAGAUCUGGUGGUUUUAUUGAUGGUCGAUUCAUGACUGGUAUUAAACCUCAAGAAUUUUUCUUUCAUUGUAUGGCUGGUCGUGAAGGUCUUAUUGAUACUGCUGUAAAAACCAGUAGAUCAGGAUAUUUACAACGUUGUCUUAUUAAGCACCUUGAAGGGUUAGCUAUUAAUUAUGAUUCGACGGUACGCGACUCAGACGGUAGUUUAGUACAAAUUUAUUAUGGAGAAGAUGGACUUGAUAUACCAGGCUCAAAAUUUCUAACAAAAGAACAGAUAAGUUUCUUAAUAGAUAAUAAAAAUGCUAUUGUUAACGAAGAGAUGGUUAAAAAUCUGAAGCAGGAUUCAAAUACAGCAAACAUCUUGAAAUUAUCGAAAAAAAUAAAGAAAUGGAUAAGCAAAAAUGGACACGCAUUACAGAAAAGUAGAGUUAGUCCAUUUACGAGAUUUUCUACGGAGAAUAAGAACAUUAAGAGUUCAAAAUUUAAGAUAAUUGAUGAAAAUAGUGGACGAAGUAAAGCUGCACUUUCACUUAUGAGAAAAUGGAUAAGAACUACUGAAGAAGAUAGAAAACUUAUUUAUGCUCAAUGUACCAAGUGUCCUGAACCAGUAAUAGCAAAAUACAGACAAGACAUAGAUUUUGGUGUACUCUCAGAACGAUUAGAGAAUUUAAUAGAUGAGUACACAGCUAAUAAAUCUAAAAAUUCUUCGAUAAGAAAGAGUGAUUUAAGAGAUCUUGUGUCCAUGAAAAUAAUGAAAACUGUUUGUCCACCUGGUGAACCUGUAGGUUUAUUAGCAGCACAAUCAAUAGGAGAACCUUCGACUCAGAUGACUUUAAAUACUUUUCAUUUUGCUGGUCGUGGAGAGAUGAAUGUUACAUUGGGUAUACCUAGGUUACGCGAAAUACUUAUGAUGGCAUCCAAAAACAUUAAAACACCUAGCAUGGAAAUACCAUUUAGAAAAGAUAUAAAAAAUGUAACAAAACGUUCAAACAAGCUGAGACUAAAGCUAACCAAAUGUACUUUAUCAAACGUUUUAAAUGAUAUUACAAUAAAUCGGAAUUUGGAACAAGAGCCAAAUAGACGAUUGCUAUAUACUAUGACUGUCAAGUAUCUUCCCCACAAAUCCUACAAAGGAGAAUUUUGUGUACAACCACAUGAAAUACUAAAAACGACAGAAGAAGUAUUUUUCAAGGAAAUGUUUAAAGAAAUUAAGAAAGUUGCAAAAGUAACUGGUGCCUUAUUACAUGUUGAAGAAGAAAGGAAAUCUAUGUAUGAAGAUGAUGCUUUAUUAGAUCAAGUUGAGCCAGAUGAAGGGACAGAAUCUGCAGUGAAAGCACGAACAAACUUAGGAGAAUUGCAUGAAUCUUCAGAUGAAGAUGAAAUAGCAGAGGAUGCAGAUGCAACGUUGUCGCGAUCAAUUUCUCGUCAUAAAGAAAAUCAAGAGUACGAAGAUCCAGAAGAAGAGGAAAUAGAUGAUACAAUCGACAAAGAUGAUAAUCUUAUGGAAAAUGACAAUGAACAGUCCAAGAAUAAAGAACAAGAGGAAGAAGAUGAUGAAAUAGAUAAUAAAAAAGUAGGGUAUGGUGCAAAUGAAACAUUUAAUAUGAAAAGAAAAUUAGAUGUUACAAAUAUGUAUGUUCAUGGAGUGGCAUAUGACUUUGAUGAAGAUAAAUAUUCAUGGUCCAAAUUAACAUUUUGGUUACCGCUUAAAAUGAUAAAAUUAGAUUUAUCAACGAUAAUUAGAAAUGUGGCAAAUAGAGUUGUUUUAACAGAGGUGCCAUGCAUAAAACGUGCUUUUACAUUUCAAAAUAAUAGUGGAGAUACUAUUCUCAAAACUGAUGGCAUAAACAUAAUAGAAAUGUUUAAACACGACAAAUUAUUGGAUUUAAAUAAAUUGUAUUCCAAUGACAUUUAUGGUAUUUCCCAAACGUAUGGUAUCGAAGCUGCUAAUAGAGUAAUUGUAAGAGAAGUCAGAGAUGUGUUCAAAAUGUAUGGUAUCACAGUUGAUUCCCGCCAUUUAUUAUUAAUUGCGGAUUACAUGACUUUCGAUGGCAGAUUUCAACCUCUUAGUCGCAAAGGAAUGGAAGACUCGGCUUCUCCUUUGCAGCAAAUGAGCUUUGAAAGUUCCUUGAAUUUCUUAAAAAAUGCUACAUUGCAAGGAAAACGGGAUAACUUAGUAUCUCCCUCUAGCCGAUUAAUGCUAGGUCAACCAUGUAAGUCCGGUACUGGAGCAUGUUCACUAUUAGUGAAAAUACAAAAACAACCAGAGUCCACUUUGUCAGUAGGUGCAUAACUAUAGAAAUAGGAAAUAUAUUAAAUGAUAUUGUUUUAUAGUGGAAACAAUGAAUUAAUUGUACACAAUCAUGUAAAUAAAUUCAAUUUUUAAUAAUAAACUUUUAUAUCCUAUCUUUUUUACACUACUAGAACAUAAUAAAAUGGAAAUAAUUAUAUCGUGCAUAAACGUUUAUAAGCUGAUUAUAUUUUAUUUUGCAACAAAAUAUGUAUAAUAAAACUGACAAUGUAUUAUCAAAAAAUUCUCUGUUUUCUUCAAUUUUUCGUACAAGUAAAACACAACAUUGCCUUUAGCAAUCAUCUGAUUUUUAAAGUCUCUAUCAAGUAGUGCCAAU